AUGCUCCACACCAGAUUGCUUACAGCGUUAUACCAAGACCACCACAAAGUGCUAUGCUCUGAGGAAGUAAUGGCACUGAAGGGUGCAAAUGUGGUAGGUUGCAUCUCAAAACUUUUGGACCGUAGGCAGAAUAGAAAAUCAAGUUGUAUUAACGCCAUUGUAAACUCUGAUGGAACUGACAUAACCGACGGUGCAAUCAUAUGUUCGAUCUUCAAUGACUACUUUAUGUCUACUUAUGGCGCUGAUGCGAAAGAAGAUCCUCAGCUCAAGCUGAUACACAGAGGGAGUAAUACACUCCAAACUGUUGAAUUUACACUUAGUGACAUAUGUCGCCAACUCAGAUUAGUUCGGCCAUCAUGCUCACCAGGCCCUGACAACAUCCCUCCAAUACUGGUAAAGCAUGGAGGUCCAGACAUCCCCCUGUUUUUGCUUAUUGUAUUUACACUUUCCAUGCUGAAUGGGGAGUAUCCUAUACACUGGAAACAAUCAACUAUAAUACCAAGGCACAAAAGCGGAUCUAUGCAAGAUGUGAAAAAUUACCGCCCAAUCCACCACACAUAUAUUAUUUCCAGAAUCAUGGAGAGGAUAGUUAAAGAACGCAUAAUAGAAUAUUUGAGUUCUAUGAGCCUACUCAGUAAACAUCAACACGGUUUUUUGAAAGGUAGGUCGUGCACUACCUGCCAGUUAGAUUACCUUGAUUAUGUGACUAGAGCAAGAGACGCCGGAAGUGCUAUCAUCGUAAUAUUUCUUGAUAUCCAAAAGGCUUUUGACCGUGUCCCACACAAUUUAUUGCUGCUGAAGCUUAUGUCCUAUGGUAUCACUAAUUCGCUUCUAGACUGGUUGUCUUCCUACCUCGAGGGUAGAAAGCAAGUAGUCAAAAUCGGUAACUAUACAUCUGAAGCCACUACAAUCUCUAGUGGAGUGAUUCAAGGUAGCGUGCUAGGCCCGCUUUUAUUCUUAAUCUAUUUCAACGAUCUCCUCGACGAAAUCUCGUAUGGAAAGCCGUACCUUUUCGCAGAUGAUGUUAAAAUUGUGUAUUGUUCCACCCCUGGGCAACGUAGUCCUAACUUAGCCUAUAUUCAGUCUGACUUGUCCGCAUUGGAGCUCUGGAGUAACUCCUGGAAGCUGCACUUUGCCACGGACAAGAGUAAUCUAUUGUACUACGGCUGUGGCCCUUCUCUGAACAUCCUUACAUUAAACGAUACCCCUAUUCCUGUGUGUGGCGCAGUCCGAGACCUUGGUCUAAGAUAUUCUGCCUCAUUUAACUUUUUAGAGCAUGUUAUAUUCUUGCAGGCUUCUGCCAGAAAAGUGAUCGCCUAUAUAAGUCGAACUCUUAUUUUGAGGGAUUCCAGGCUUCAAGCCUUUAAAAUAUGUGUUAGGCCGAAACUUGAGUACUGUACGAUAGUGCAUAGUAAUCUGAGAAAAGUGGAUAUUAUAGCACUAGAAAACAUUCAACGACCAUACACAAAAAGGUUUCUGAACAUGCCUAAUACUAUGACAUACCGUGAGCGUUGCGAGGCGCUAAAUCUGGAGCCGCUAUGGCUACGCAGACUCAAACUUAAUCUGUGCCUUUUAUACCGCUUACUAUUCGGAUUGACCUUCACUGCUCAGCCACAACUCGAGUUUCAGACUCGUAUGCGCUAUGAACUAAGAAACAGCGAGCGCACAGUGAAAAUACCAAAGUCUCGCACAAAGCUCCGCUCAAAAUUUUUCUCUGUAAAAUAUGCGUUAAUAUGGAACAAACUUCCAUCGAGUGUUAGAAACUGCACUACCUAUGCACAAUUCAGACGCAUGAUUAAUAUUCACCUGACUGUUGCAAACAUCUGGUCAACACUAAGCCAAACGGUGACUCUAGAUGAUUUGUAUGAGAAAGGUCCUGGCUAC